AUGAAGUACUUAUUAAUAUGUACAGAGAAAAUUGGUUAGAUGGUUACUGGUAGGAGUGAAGAAAACUAGUGAAGUGGUUACUGGGGGGUACAUAUGAAAAUGGUGAGAUGGUUGCUGAUAUAUAUAUAUAUAUAUAUAACAAAAAGCUGAUGAAGUGGUCAUUGGUUGUCAUCAUUUGCUUGGCUAUAGCGGUCGUUCGCGCUGGUGUUUUUCCACUUGGUUAUGGUCACGCUCCAGCUGUGAAGGUCGUGGCACCAAACUAUUCUCACCAUGCUCCAGCUGUGAAGGUCGUGGCACCAGCCUACGCUCACCAUGCUCCAGCUGUGAAGGUCGUGGCACCAGCCUACCCUCAACAUGCUCCAGCUGUGAAGGUCGUGGCACCAGCCUACGCUCACCAUACUCCAACUUACGCACAAACAGUUGAGGACAAACCCCAGCCAUACGAAUUCAACUACGAAAUUCAGAAUGAUUACAGCGACUCCUUGUGGCAACGCGAGAGCGGAGAUGGCUAUGGCAACAAGCAGGGUUCCUACGGUUACCGUGACGCUAACGGUAUCUACCGCCAGGUUGAGUACGUUGCUGAUGAAGCUGGAUUCCGUCCCGUAAUCAAGACGAACGAACCCGGCACAGCUAAUGCCAACCCAGCUGAUGUUGAAAUCGUUGCCGAAGAGUCCCCAGUGAAGUACGAAGCCCCCGUCAAGGCUUACAGCCACCCACAACCUAAAUUAGUGAAAGUGCAUGCCCCUUUUUACCACGAGCCUACUGUUUACGCUUCCCACGUCCCUGUCUACCAUCAGCCUGCUGUGCAUGCUAUAGCUCAUGCUGUUCCUCACCAUGGCUACGCCCCCGUAAAAUAUAACUAUCACCCAACUACUACCACUACAACCGAGGCCCCAACUGAAGCUCCCAAGGCUUAUGGCUACAGUCAUUGAAAGGAAUAUGCGAUGAUAAAAAUAAAUCUUAUAAGGGUGCACAUUUUUUCUUCUUAAAUUUCAGUUAUUUAAUAUUUUAAUAACCUUCCUCCAUGAUGUGUCUUUAU